UUACUCUUUGCUCUCCAGAAUCUCCUGGCAAAGAUUUUGGUCCAACUCUGGGUUUAAAAAAGUCCAGCUCACUGGAAAGCUUGCAGACUGCUGUGGCUGAAGUCAAGAAGAAUGAGCUUCCUUUCCACAGACCCAGGCCUCACAUGGUCCGUGGUCGAGGUUGUAACGAGAGUUUCAGAGCUGCCAUUGACAAAUCUUAUGAUGGACCUGAAGAUGUAGAAGAGGAUGGUUUGUCUGAUAAGAGCUCUCACUCUGGCCAGGAAGCCCAGAACUUUGAAUCAGCCCCUCAAGGGAAUAAUGACCUAGAAGAUGUAGAAGGCAAGGCAAAGAAAGACAAAAAAAAUAAAGAGAAAGAAAAGAAAAAGGAAAAGAGCAAAGGUAAAGUCAAAGAGAAGAAAAGGAAAGAAGAAAAUGAAGAUCCAGAGAAGAAAACUAAGAAGAAGGGUUUUAGUGCCAUGUUGAGAUUUGGGAAGAAGAAAGAGGAUAAAGGGGGGAAAACUGACCAGAAAGGCAAUCCAAAACACAACAUUCUUAGAGAAGAGGAACUGGAAAAGAUGAAAGAAGAGUGUGAGAGGAUUGGUGCAAAGCAUCAGGAGUUACGGCAAAAACAGGCCAGAGGGCUAGCUGAUUACUCCACCAGCCCUGGAGGACCUGAUAUUGAUGAUGAUGAGAUGGACCCAAAUUAUGCCAGAGUAAAUCAUUUCAGGGAGGUUUACCCUGUAGCAAAUGUCUAUAGACCAUCAUCCCCACUGGUAACAGAAACCUUUGGAUACCCAUGUGAUGGCCCACAAGUUCCAGUAGAGAGAGAGUACUUGGAAGGACUCUAUGCAAAGAUAAACAAGCAUCAUCAUCCACAGGCUACUGGUGACAGUGGCUGUCCAGUCAGCGGGAAUGCAGACCGUAUCCAGAAACUACGGAAGGAGUACCAUCAAGCCAGGCGAGAAGGUUUACCAUUCUAUGAGGAUGACGAUGGAAGGAUACGGUCAUCUGAUUAUGAUCAACACUGGGUGUCUGGAAAAGGUCCAGAUGGGAGUUCACACAAUCCCCAUUUCGAAGGGAUGGAAAGGCAAUAUGCAUCCUUACCCAGGCGUGGACCCGCAGAAUCAAUGGAGUAUUUAACAGGACCACGAGUGAUAUACAAGGAGCGAGAUCUUCCUUACUACCAAGGAGGGCAGCCCACUGUCCUCCUCUCUAAAGGAAACUACUCUCGUGCACAAGACAUGAGGGUAGCAGAAUUGCGGUACCCCCAGUACUACCAACCACAACCACUAACCACACAGCACAAAGGACCCCUCCGCCAAGAUGUCCCACCUUCACCUCCUCAGUCGCACCGAGCACCAGCAUAUAAUGAAAUGGGCAGAGCAAGACACCGUGGGACCAGCCCAGAUCAAUACCAAUACAGACCUCAAGACCCCAGGCAGAAGAAUCCCAUGACUGCAGCUGUAUAGCCUCCAGCUGGACUUCAUCAGUGGGGGCUGGGAAGGAGGGUGCCUGACAUCACCUUUUCCACAGUUGAUCACAGCAAGUUUAAUUGUUGGUAAGGGUGACAUCUUCCCUGGAGUCAUUCUUACUGAGCCAAGCUCCUCAGAGUUUUCUUUUCAUGGGGAAGCAUGACUGUGUCAAGGCUAACAUGAGGUACUGCAUCUUUUAAGUCUGAAGUACCAGACAUUCAAAUGUGUUCAAUACCAGUUAAAAAUAAAAAGUGACAGCUGAAAAUUAAGUGUACCAUUUAGCUCAGCUCAGGGCUCUACCACAUCCAGUUACAUGCACGCACAGCAUUCCCUCUGGAUAAGGCUGGUAGUGUCACAAGAGUCCAAUCUGGAGUGACCCCACAGGCAUAUUAUAUUACGGUAGCCUUCUAGUGACAGUACACAUAUAUGCUGCACAAUGCUUCCUUCCUCAGAGGAUCGUCUCUGGAGCUGCGAAUCUUGUGUAGUCUGAUGCUGCGUGCAUCAGUGAGUUUACAGAUGUCUUGUACCGUGUUAGGAGCCACAUUCCAGGCACAUCCAAACCAGCAGUUUUAUAUUUUGAGAAUGCCACAGAUGCAGAUUUUUAAUCUUGCCUUUGUCUUCCUCUUUCUACUCAUUUGUUGAAGCAUUCAUCUUAUAGCCUUCCUGUUUGACAGUCACAUAUCAAGAUCCUCCUUUUUUCUUAUUGCAAGCAGCACAAUUGGACUAAAACUAACUUUAUCAACUUCACUUGCGCACUGUAGAGGGUUUGGACAGAAAUAUCCCAAAAGACAAUGAUAAAGGACUCGGGAACUAAGUGAAUAACAUGUGAGACUGUGUGCAUGUGUGUUUGUUAGUCACAUAGGCUGCUUACAGAUGUGGGAAAACAAAUAGUGCUUUACUUUCAGCUCGGUACACGCUUCAGCAGGGUUUUUUGGUGAUUUCAUCUAAUAGCUGAAUAGCUGAAUCAGCUUUAGACAAAAGCGCUAAAAAGCCACUGAAGUACCCAAUCUAUACAGCUGCGGGGGAGCCAGGUUGAACUAAUGCAAUGCCUCUUCUGGUACAGCACUGUGGUUUUUGGGGGUUUGGGUUUUUUUGGGUGGGGGGAGGGAUUCACAUCUGUCAGCACCCAUAGUGCAUAGCUCUUAAAUGUAAAGUUGAGGGGCCAGAUUCUCAGCAGCUGUCAAUGAAUUGAAAUUCCUUGACUCCUUGGGAGCUAAACCAAUUUGCACCUGCUGAAGAUCUAGCCUUCAGUGUAACAUACCUGAAUUCAGAUGCAAGUUGCUACUCCAUCAGGUUCUUUGAUGGAUGAGGGUGGGCAGAGACAGGUUCUUGCCCUACUCUGGCUAGCUUUGUAUCAAGGUAACUUCUGCAAUAUCAGUUAAGGUACUGUGAGCCCGCUGUGUAAGCCUAUAUUCUAGUCUGUCGCCGUUGUUUUGCAGAGCCUCUGUCAUGUGAACUGUCACCUGUUAAUGCAGGGCCCGCUGUCUGUCAUUGAAAGGAAGCUCAGCAACCAGCAGUGCCUGUUCAGUGCUAAGUGCCAAACAACACAGUUCCCCUCAGCAGGGAUCUACAGGGCAACGGGAGGUGCUUUUAGCCUUCCUGUUUGGCAGUUAUGUAUCAAGAUCCUCCUUUUAAAAAAGCGACGAUGAAGAGAAUGAGAACCCCAGAGCUUGCUCAAAAACAGGUGGUGGCCAAGAGAAACAGAAUGAAGGGAGAGUCGUUUUAAACAAUGACAUCGCUUCAAGACAGCAAGGCAAGAAGAGGAGAGAAGCUGAGGGAGGAAGCAGGGAACACGAAGGGAAGGUGCACUGGAUGUGAGCAGAGAGAGGGUACAAGAGAAAGCCUGUCCCCUUCCACCAUCUUGGCACCAGUGUUGGCUCAGUGCUGCUUGGCAGCGUGCAGGGCCAGGAGAUCAGAGAUGCUCUAAGGCAGCUUGAGAUGUGCAGCCCAGCUGUGGCGACUGCUCUGCUCCAUGGUCAUUUGCUAUCUUGUCUAAAAGUACUUCAGAGACUUGGAAGCUGAUCUCCAUGAUUUAUCAUGCCAAGAACGUCAUGGGUAACCACAGGCCCCAAUAACCUAGCAGCACAUCCCGCAUUAGCUCUGAGCCUCCUCAGUGCCUUAAACUGCCUUUAGAAGCAUUGUAAGGUAGUUAAGGCCCCUCUUUUUUUAGGGAGAAACCUUGGACCUGGCCAGAGAUUUAAUUACAAGAGUUCUUUGUUGCCUUUUGGCACCCUCUGGUCUGCUGCAAACUGUAUUACACAGGUCACCUCCCAAUUAUAUAGCACAUGAAAAUUUCAUCCUCCUGAUGGGAGCCCUUUUUAGUAGAUAUCCCUGGGAAAGUGAUUCAUUAGAGGAGAUCUGCAGAGACCAGUGCAUGGCGAAUAGCCUAAUAGCACUAAAAGGGAUCAGAGUUUAAUCCUAACUAAUGUAUUAGUGCCUCACUACAGACUGGUGAGAGAUUGACAACACCCUAGAAGUCUGGGAGUGUUUCCAUCUGGAUCCCAAUAACCAACUGAGAUGGGUUUGUUUAACAGUGUUUGAUCUGAGCCAUACUGCCUAUUGAUCGGGAUGUCAGGCCUUGGGGCUUUGGUUCAUACACAUCUCUGUCUGCCAGACAGAGAAGGGAGACAGCACAAGGGAGACAGCCUCUAGUAUUAUCUAGUAUUACAGGGGGAAAUACUUCCAUAGUCCACAUCUAAUGUGGGAUUCCUCUUUUUUUUUCUUGGAUGGGGGAAGGAUGGAGGGACAGUACUGCUUCCUGUCAGAUUUGAGAAACUAAAAGGGAGAAAAUGCAACUGAUUAUGAAGCUAAUAUGUUAAAACAUCCAUUCCUACCCUUCUUCCUGUUGCUUGUGCCCUGUGUCUUAGCAGCAUGCCUAGAAAGGGUCCUUCUUCAGUAAGAGAGGAGGGAAGAACUACUGGGAGGAAAUAUGGGUUUGCAUAUCAGGCUGGACACCUCAGGGUGGUUGAGAUGUGGCCCAUCCACCAAUACGAGGCAUUCUCUGUCCACAAGUAAACACGCUGUGUUGUGCAUGGGCACAUGCUGUGUACAGCAUUGGUCUUCUCCAAAAGAGCUGUAUAAACUCUGGUAUUCUCAAUCAAUAAAGAUUUGGCAGCCACAGGGUGGCUACUAGUGACAUGAAGGACCACUUAAAGUGAAGGAAAAACAAAUUUAAAUGCUUUCCUUUCCCUUUUUUGAAAUAUAACCCCAGAUGCAUUUGAUCCAGCUGUAAAGAAACUAAUAUGUUUGUGACAGUGGCUUUAUCAAGCCAGGCCACAAUUAAGAACAGCUCUGAAUAUAAGCUACUGCUUUAUAAAUCACUACCUACUAACCCUUCAAAUACCACCGCAGCACAGCUUAUAGACCUCAUUUACAGUAUUUCAGAAGCCAGGGCCAAAUAAAAUCUGGAUGGAAACAGCUUCUGGGUUAUUUAUGGCCUUUGAACGGCUUGCUCAAUUGUCUCUGUGUAACCUGAAACCCUUCUAACAGCUCCCCUUGACUGCAAUGGCACCACUUGGUUAAAGCAGGCAGAUCAAACAGGACACCUUCCCAGUAGUUAAUCUUACCCAAAAGGCUAUUAAAUGAUGCUUCUGCCUCAUGGAGACUUUCUUCCUUUUUCUAAGAAAAGGAGAUAGGACUGUAAUAUAUGGACACAUCGCAUGCCACUGGGAGUGAUGAAGGAAGAACGUUCUGACCUGGCUGGGGACAGGAGCAAAAGGUAUUAAAGCACAUCUCAUUAAUCUGCAGUGCCAUCGUUCUGGAGGGAAACUGCAGUGCACUGGUUUCACAUCUUGCAGAGGUACGACAUCUCCAAAGUAUAGCAUAUAGCUAAAGCAUAUAUAGUCUGCUUCUCUGCAAUGUAAAAUGUAUGAUUUUAGCACCAUAUUGUGGAAAAAUAUGUACCGUGUAGAUUUCACAAGGUGCUACAACUGACGGUUGAAAAUACACACUUGCAAAAUCUAAAAGAGCCGUUAAGUAACAAGUUGCUCUUUUCCCCAUAUGUCCAUAUGUUUGGAAAAACUACAAGUCUGAAAUGCUCUUGACAUGUAAUUGCCUCACGCUCCUUUGUCUGAAAUGUGACAAUCCAGCAAAAACAUUCCUGACGUGAGCUGGGCUUGCAGGGAUAGUUUGGGUUUGCUGCAGGCACAGAAUGCAAUACAUUUGCACAACAGUGUAACUCGAAAGUAAACAGGAAAAAGCCACUCACAUACAAGGUGGGAUGCUUUGAUUUCCCAACUAUGCUGAUGGAGGACAGUCUGGGUUUCUGCUCCUGGUGAAGGAGCAACCGGACUGUGUAGCUGAAAGAUUUAGAGAGACAAAUAGCAGCUGAUGAUUUUCUGAAUGACCGAGCACUAGUGAUCCACUGAUACUGGCCUGCAAGGAAAUAUUACCACUAUGAUGUAUUAUUGUGAGGGUUCUCCAUGGGCAUUGCAAAGAUGCCUUUCUGAAAAAGGGAAGGGACCAAGAAUAAAAACCACCCUUCUUCAGCCCUAACCUCAAAUUCACUCUACUUUCCUGAAUCAGAACAAGCAUCACAAUGCUGCCUAAUUUCUAUAGAGUGAAAGUGCUACCUCUGCAUCUUCUUCAAAGAUUUGGUUUUUCACAGAGUCAGCAUUCGGAGGGAAUUCCAGCUGAUUAUUAUUCUUGGGCCUCAUCUUGAGGCUUCCCCUGCAGUUCAGGGUGCUUAUUUACCUCCCAGGAUAAGGCCCCCAGCUUGCACCCGUGAUUGCAGAUGUUUGCAAGAAAAUUCUGACUUUAUGUGCAGGGUCUGUAAGUUUACUAUCAUCAGAUAAAACAGAAUGGUCUGUUUGUAAGUCACUUUUCUAUUAUAUCAUGGCGGGGAGGGGGGGAGUUUAUGAUAUCUGACUAUACUCGUGUAUUGAAUAAUAAAAAUAAUUGCAAAAUCAUGCUUGUUUGUCUUGGGGGAGAAAUUCAACACACAAUGAGAUUUUUUUGGUACCACAUAAAGAUUUUGAAUUUUGUUGUUGUUGUUAUAUAUGGCUAUAUAAAUUUUACCUGUUUUAUUUUGCAUUAAAAUAAAAGCUUUACGACU